UCGAAGCUUGAAAUUUGUUGAAGGGCAGAGGCCAUCUCAUCGCAGAUACGCUGCUGUUUUUGAAGUAAUUGUCUGUGAUGUAGUUCUGUUCAGUGAUUCCAAUUGACAUUUUUGAAAUUGUAACUAUUAAGUUGGGUAGUGGUGAGCAAAAGUAAUCAAAAUGCCCGAUGGCAAAGAAAAUAAGGACGGCAGCAAAAUGUACGAGAACUUCAAAGGUGGAAAUGGAAAGUGUUUCCCGGAAAUAAGAGCUGGUGGUGACUGUCCUGUUUCACCUCUGGAACUGCUUCAAACUUCUGUUGCCCAAUCAGAAAUUUCAUUUGGUUGUCCACCUGUUUUGAGAGACAUCUCCAAUAAUUCACCAGUUACAUCGCAAAGUACAUCUCCAGGUGAUGUGAGCAGGGUAGUUGCUGAUCCGUGCAGUAGCUCGGAUACAGAAGGUGAAGUAAGCCUCUCUGAUGGCUUAAGAUUGAGAAGACUGUGGGUGACUGAGAAAGAUUGGUUGAACAAAGAGAUCCCUGAAUUACGAGAGGUCAGAGAUUUGUUGGAGGAUGAUGCAAGUGUUCUGGCAGAAGAGGAUGAUGGUGCUGGUUGCCCUUUGCCAAGCACGCCAGAAGAUGAACAUCUUUUGGACUGUGAGAUGACGGAAGUUCUGAAAGCUGGUGUGCUUUCAGAUGAAAUUGAUCUAGGAGCAUUGGCGCACAAUGCUGCAGAACAAGCAGAGGAAUUUGUCCGAAAAGUAUGGGAAGCAUCAUGGAAAGUAUGCCACUUCAGAAAUUUACCCCAAUGGCUACAGGACAAUGACUAUUUACAUGCUGGACAUAGGCCACCCCUGCCAAGUUUUUAUGCGUGCUUCAAGAGCAUAUUUCGCAUUCAUACAGAGACUGGCAACAUCUGGACACAUUUAUUGGGUUGUGUUGCAUUUAUUGGGGUAGCCACAUACUUUCUUACGCGACCUUCAGAGGAAGUUCCGCUUCAAGAAAAACUUGUAUUUGCUGCGUACUUUGCUGGUGCUAUAGUCUGCCUUGGAAUGUCAUCUGCAUUUCAUACUGUGCACUGCCACUCGGAGUGUGUGGGGAAGCUAUUUAGCAAGCUCGAUUAUUGUGGCAUUGCAAUGCUAAUAAUGGGAUCAUUUGUUCCCUGGUUGUAUUACGGCUUCUACUGUGAUUUCCAGCCCAAACUAAUCUACUUGAGUGUUGUCAUUGGGCUGGGUGUAACAUCCAUUGUAGUAUCCCUAUGGGAUAGAUUUAGUGAACCUAAAUACAGAUCUUUACGUGCAGGUGUAUUUAUGGGCUUUGGAUUGAGUGGAGUUGUUCCUGCUGUCCAUUACGCUGUCUCUGAAGGAUGGUUUAAUGCAAUUGCUCAAGCAUCAUUAGGGUGGUUGAUACUUAUGGGAUGUUUAUAUAUCUUGGGAGCUAUGUUUUAUGCUCUGAGGGUACCAGAAAGAUUCUUUCCAGGAAAAUGUGAUAUUUGGUUUCAGUCUCAUCAGAUCUUCCACGUAUUGGUCAUAGCUGCAGCAUUUGUCCACUACCAUGGUAUAACAGAAAUGGCUAUGUAUAGGCUAAAUGUUGGAGAAUGUCAAACUCGGGACACGCCACUUGAUUCUGAAAUUCAUAGUAUCAACAGGCAGUCAUUGUAAUUGAUGGAUGUGUGAGACUGUGAAAAUGUGACACUAGACAGUUGACAUGAUGGUCAGUAUUCUACAUGUGAGAUUGGUUAAUGAAAAUGAUUCAGAAACUAAGUUGCUGAAGAUCGUGUUAUAAAGAGAAAGAUGGUGCUGCAGUCAUGGGAAAGUACUUCAAGCAUAACAGCAAAGAGAGUUGUCAUCAUAGUAAGCUGGGUGACCAGUAGUGGUCACUGUUUGGGAUUAAGACUUUUCACCUUCCAAUAUGUUUGUGUAAUAAGUCACUUGUGAUGAAUAUGACCAUACCUAGUGAAACACAAUGUCUCUUUUGGUAAGUUAUCAAGGCUGUUAUGCAACACUUAGCAUUGCACAUGUCUGUGUAGCAUUUUAAAUUAUCACACCUUUCCCUGUUCGUUUGCGCACAAGCUUACUUUUGCUGAGUCAAAGAAUUACCAUGUCAAAUAUCACAUUGUUUGAAGCUUUAUUGUAGGCUAAUAUAUAUUACCCUGCAAGAUCUUUGUGCGUGUCUUUUAAAUCUAUAUGUUUUGCUUUGGUGUCUAAAGAAAUGUCAUUUGGCCCUAAAACUUAAGAAUGAUUUACUUUAUUUUAGUAUACAGAACCAUUGGAAUUGUAAACAGAUCAGGAGGUAUACCCAGUAGAUGUUAAAAAUUGUCAUGUGUAUGUUCUUAGUAUAAACACUUACUACUUUACUUUUACAUGUUCGCCAUCACCAUUGUAGUUGUAGUGGUAAAGUGGUAUUACAUUCACUACAUAAAACUUAACAAAAAUAUAACUUUGUUUGAAACAUCAACAUAAAGACUGAGAGAUCACACAAUAUAUGUGCUCAGUGUGUGAAAAUGUAACAAAGUAUAUAUAUAUAUAUAUAUAUAUAUGCACACAAAACAUAUCUAGAAGAGCGUAUGAUCUCUGAGAGAAAUACCAGCAGUGUAAUAGGAAAUAACCCUGCAAAAAUAAGUGGCACAUUUGUCAAACAUAUAUAUGUGGCUGGUUUCCUUCACCAUCAUUGUCCAUUCUGAGCAAGUGCAGUGUGUCUAAUAAACUUGUCAUCAAUGAGGUAUUAAACUCUAACCUUAUUUUUUGUAUGAAGUAACUGUAAAAAAAAAUAUGAAUACACUGCUGUGCUUUCCUAGAAUUAGUUCCAUUGGAGGUGGUUUGUCUUUGUCUUCCUCCAAUCUCUGAACUUAGUGACCCUGCCAUUUAUAAGGUGACCUACAUUUCCACGUGGACUCCAGACCACAGUGCAGUUUGCCGCUCUUCACAUUAAUAAAUCUUUGCAGAGGUGCAAGAAGUGACAGGAAAAAUGCAGGAGCAACUGGGGAUUGAACCCAGCACCUUUAGAUAUUUAAUACGGGAUUUACUGGGCCAAUGAGACUUAUGCCCUUCUUGUAGAAGACCGCAAAGAUCAGGAGAAAGAAAUACUUAGUCACUUAUUUAUUGAAAUAAAGUACUGUUGGACUAUUAUCUUAAGGUACAUUACAUGAGUAUCUAGGGCUAUACUCGGCAUAUCACUGAAGUACAUGACAGCGUGGGCAGUCAAACUGAUCUGCAGUGUCAGUUUGUAAAUUUCUUGUAUGCCAUUGUUCAAGUGUCCUGUAAUUCUGUAUCUGCUGUCAAGUGUGUGUGUGUGUGUGUGUGUGUGUGUGUGUGUGUGUGUGUGUGUGUGUGUGUGUGUGUGUUUGGGUUGGGGGGCGGGGGGAGAGGGGGAGGUUGACAAACUGCUACCUUAACUCAGUGAACUCUAAAGAGAGGCAGUGUGGCACAUGUGCCAGGGUAGAAAAUACGAAAACCACUGCUAAAUAAAGCACAGUAAGCUAACAGGGUGUGAAAGUUGUAAUGCACAGACAAACAUAAAGUGUAGGUGAAAAAAUUCUUUGGGUUAGGCCAUUCAAAUCAGAUUACGAAAUAACACAAACUGGCAUGUGUAUUGGCAAAUCUUGGAACUAGGCUGUUUUCUUCACAAGCUAAUUGUAGGGCUGUAAGAUGAUCAUUUAUGGUAUUUAAAAACUGCAUAUUAAUUUGACUUGUUUGUGAAAUGUAUUGUCGAAUAUUUGGAUAAACAGAGCUAAAUAAGGUAUUUUUGUUAUUUUAAUGGAAUAUAGAGCUUGAUGGUCUGACUUUUAAUUAGUGAAAAAUUUUAAAGAAAAUUUUGAGUUCUGUGCGUCCUUCUAAUCAAACCAGUUUCUAUUGUUCACUUUAAUGAUUUAGAUUUUAAAUUUAGCUCGAAUAAAUAUUCCCAUUAUACUGCUUGAUAACAGUAAAUUAAACCUUUUAUCUGCUUCAGAGUGGAGAAUGUUUCUUAACUUAUUCAGAAUUCAAACACACAAACUAAAACCGCUCAUAAAACAAAAGCUCAUAAAUUCGUUCUUGUUAUUCUUAGAACUUCUUUAUCAGGACAAUGGCCUGAGUUUAGGGACACUCGGAUACGAUGUGAAUGUGUAAUUAAUGCUAUUGGUCCUGAGAAGACAAUAGGGUAAAUUAUUCUGAACUCACAAUAAACAAAAGAAUCAAUUCGCACAGUUUGUAAUCAAACCACUCCAUGUGGCAAGCUACAUCCCCAGGCCUCAAAUUGCAGUCUGUUGUUGUGAACAGGUCUUUCAGAGUAAUAUGAUUAGAGUUUGCCUUAAAUGCAUUCCUAAUAUUAAUUAGUGCAAUACACUGCACUGAAGAUGGAAAAACAUCUGUGCAUAGUUCAAACACUUUGUUUGUACUUAAACUGUGAAUUCAUGGCCCAGAGAACCUCUUAUUGACUUUUAUACUGAUUUUUGUAUAUAAAUGUGUGUUUCAGGAGGAGGAGGAGGGGGGGGGGGGAGGAGGGGCAUGUUUUCCAGUAUAAAUGAUUGUAAAGGAUAUAACUGUUUUUGACAACACAAUUUCAAGAAAAGCUGAUAUCUUAACGUGCCCCUGGUGUUUUGUUUAAUUGUCGUGGUUUCUCUGCAGUAGUGUGGCAUUGAAACCUUUGUAAUUUUAACGUUAGUACAAUUAAAAAGUGAAACAUGUAUUCUGGUUUCAUCACUAUGCUGCCCUCCACAAUUUGAGUUUGCUUUUGCACAUUUUGUUUCACUAGUUGUGUUUUCUGUGCUGUAACUGUUGGUAAUGACCCAGCUAGAAUGGACAAAUUAAAUUGUUUGCAGUACUACAAUAUUUCAUAUGAGCAAUGAUUGUGUUGCAUGACUCAAAUUGCCAUCACAGCAAACACAACCAGUGAAACAGAUGUUCAUGUUCUUGUUGUAGCCUGUGAUAGUUUGGGUUUUGAAAUAGGAAUGCUACAUUUUUUUUGGUACAUCCUCUGCAGCUGAGUCAUUACCAACAGUUACAGCACAGAAAAUACAGCCAGCGAAACAGUGUGCAUAAGUGAACUCGAAUGGUGGAGAAAUGUGUAGUAACCCAACUUAAAUGGUUGUCUACUGAAAAGCAUCCAUGUGAAUACCAAUUACUUGAAAUGUGUAUGGUAUCUCAAAAGAACAUUUGACAUAAAAUGAUUCUUUCCUCAGAAUUUGCCUAGGCAUUAACAGUAUUUACACUUACAAUAAAAUAAACAGUUCUCAGAGAGAGAACAAGAAAUUAGUAAAAUCUUGAUGUACUGCUGGAUUUUUGCCACAACUCAUUGCAUUGAGAACAAACCCGUAAAAAUUUCAUACAUAACUGUAUAGUGUAUUAUAUAGCAACUCCCUUUAUUAUUCUGUCUUACAUAUUAUUCUGAUGUAAAAUUCUGUAUAUGUGUGUAUAUUGGUUAUGAAAGAGGUGUUGAAUAUUUAUAUUAAAUUCUGUAAUGUGCAGUGAUAUUUAUUUAAAGUUAUAGUGACACUGUUCCAACAGUGAAACUGAAAAAUAUUGAUUGUAAAGUACUUAAAAGUGCUGUAAUUUUUGUGCUGUGAUGUUUCAUGAGAUGCUUCUCAUGUCAUAUUAAUGGAUAUUGAUUGAAAAGACAAAUGUGCCACAAGACGGACUGGACUACAUUAAAAUUUAUCUUGCAGUUGCCAGAUUUUGCCAAUUCUAACACAACAGUUCAAUCUCACUUAUCACUGUGAAUUUAAAACCUAAUAUUGUGCAGUUGUGUUGAGUCAAAUGCAUAAAAUUGAAAUUUGUGAUAAUUAAAUGCAAGAUCUAAGAGUAAUUUUUUUACAUAGCAAUAUCCUGAAAGUGGAACUUGAUCUCCAGCAUUACUGACGAUUAGUGCUGUAUCUUGAGGUGUAAUUCAGAGAGACUUAUUUUUUCAGAUUUUUAUGUAUGGAAAUACUUAUUUUUUUAAUACUUCCCAAAAGUAUUUGAUUUUAAAUCAAUUUAGAAGUUGUUUAGCACACUGGUUUUUUAGUUAAGUGGUGAAGUAUAUACAUACUUGUAAAUUGUAGAGUAAAUGUUCUGUUAUGUCAGUAUAGCUGCAACUUUUUGUUUAUAAUAUUUGUAAUUGUAAAUGUCUUCUUUAAUGUAAUGUUGAGAAAGAAUUGUUUGAUUGUUGGAAGUAGUACAUGUUGAAAUAUAAUUCGACAGUUAUAUUCUUGUUUAAUGUUUGGGCUGUGCUCUAGCAUAUUGGAAAUAAAGAUUUUUAAAUAUU